AUGGUUUCUCUUGCAGCUCUCUUCACCUUCAGCGCUACUGCCACUGCCCUGGGUAUUAACUGCCGGGGUUCUGGCGCAUGCAACCUCAACGAUGCUAGCCUGAAGGAAGUUCUGAACCAAGUUCACCAGAUCCAGGCUCAAGGCAACGGCGGACACAACUAUGCAACAGGAGUGCAAUUGGCCUGCUCUGGUGGCAAGUACUCCAGCAUUUGUGCCUUCUAUCAGAACGGGGCGUCGGGAACUGCUGAUCGGGCGGCCGAGCUUCUGCAAGGCCUGAUUGACCAUGGCUGCAGCCAGUGUGGAAGCAACCCUACGCAAUCCGGCAACGAUGUUUCUAAGGGAGAGCUAACCGUGAACAUCGCCUCCGCGCCUUGCUGCAGUGGUAACUGCCACUGCCCAAUCUAA